AUAGUAACCUGCUUGGCAACCAAGAGUUGUUGGACCAAUGCCAUGAGCUCCAACUGUCAGAUGAGGCAGAGACUGGGACAAGGCUGAGGUCUAGGCCAGAUUUGCACUUUUAGGUGGGCACUCUGAAAGCCAUGCAGCCCUCUACCAGGCCUGGGCUGCCGCUGCCCAAAUGCUGCAGUGUGGCCACAACCGUGAAAGCCCCUGACCUGCAUGGUGCGGUGCCACCCUGGGACAUGUCCGUCGCCUGUCCCUUUGCCACACAAGCAGCCUGGCUGCCCACGCACUGCACAGUCACCAGGUGUGGUUCCUGUUGCCCAUGUUUUCACACUGCUGACCCGCAGUGGCCGGGGCUCAGCUGGCUGGGAAGAGUCGGAGAUGCUGCUGGCUCCUGGGUCCUGGCCAGAAAGGAGCAGGAUGGCUUUUAUUAUCUGGCUCAGAUAAAGGCUGCGCCGGAGCUGGAGAAGCGGGGGGCCCUGGUUGUGGAAUUUGAGGCACCCCUUGUCACUGACGUAAAGCUGCCAGCCCAGCAGCGGAGAGUGGUGUUUCCAGAGGAUGUCAUUCAGUUUUCACCAUCUGUGCCACACUCACUGCAGCUGGGAGACAAGGUGCUGGCACCCUGGGAACCGGAGCAACAGCAGUAUGGCCCGGGCACUGUUCUCUUGGGCUUGAAGAAACAAAAAGGACAAAGAGCAUCUAAAGAAAAAGAAAUCCCUGUUCACUUUUGGAAUGGCAAGACAGCUAAGGUGCCUCUGGACAGGGUCAGGUGGGUGCCCCCCACAGUCUGGAAGAAGGCCGUGGAAAGACUACAAACACCUCACACCAGGGACUGCCACCGUUCUUGUCUCUGGGCACCUCACUGCUCUCGGCUGGGACCCAAUACUGGAUGCACUGCACACAGGCAUCCUCUGGACUCUUCCUUUUUAUGCCCUCCCUGCCUCUCCUGUGCCUGCUGCCAGCUUCAGUGUCAGAGCAGCUGCCCUCUGGUGGGACCUAGCUGGUGGCCUUUCACCGGGACCUCAGAGCUCACAACCAGAGAACUCCCAGAGCCAGAGAAGCCCACAGCUCAGCUCUUGUCCCUACAAGGUCCUAAAGAGGUAGCAGUGUUCAGCCACAAUAUGUCCUCUUCCUCCUCUUCUGAGGAAGAAAAUUCAGAGAGGCACCUGGAGGUGGGACUGCCUCAGAGACAGAUGGUAAGCAGGGCAGUCAACACUGACCCCAUCCUUUCUGAGACAUCUCUGCGGCAGUGCAGCCCCCACAAGCCUGAGUGGAGGUACUGGAGGAGAAACGGGCCUGAGCCGCCCCCUGGCAAGCUAGGUAUGUUUACCGGGGGUGUGGUUAGCUUCCUGGGCAGGGGCUAGGGGCUGCAUGGGUCUUUUGAGAAUCAGGUCCACUCUGGUGGGCUUGGAUGUAAUGAAUGUAUGGAAUGCAAGCUGUGGAGGAGACUGAGAUAUGAGGGAAAUGGCAGCUUCGAUGUGAACAAGGACUGGUCAGUUGAUUGUGCUCUGAACUGUACCUUUAUUUAAUAUCUUCCUCUUCCUUUUUGAGACAGGCAGGGUCUCCUGUAGUGCAAGCUGCCCUUGAAUUACUCAAUAGCCAAAGAUGACUUUGAACUCCUGAUCCUCUGACCUCUACCUCCUGAGGUGGGGAUUACAGGCAGUCAGGUUUCUGUGGUUCUUGGGUAGAGCCCAGGCCAUCAUGAAUACUUAGGCAAAUACUCUACCAACAUCCUAGCCAUAUCUUUCCUUUUCUGUCUUCACAUCUGCAACAGGGCACUGCCUCCAGGUGUUGAUGAGAGCCAAGACCCCAGCAAGUAUAGAAACUGGACCUUAGAUGUUGGUAACUAGGUUGUAUGGUCCACACGGGCCCUCAGUAAGAGUCGGGGAGCACCACAUUUUGCUGCCCAUUUUAUACCUAGCAGAUACUGCGGCCACCCCUAGCUUCACCUUGAGCUGAGGAUUACGGAGCACACCUUGGUGGGUUGGAGAUGUGUGUUGUUGUCUGCCUCGUACCUAUCCUCUCUAAAUUGCUCUCAGACUACAUGAAGAGCAGAAGCCUAGGUAAGGGGGCAGUGCUGCAUGGGGCAGGUGGUCUGGAAUAGCCUGGGUUUGACUUCGGAGGCCUGUUGUCCCUGAUACACUGAGGAGGGAUCUGUGGUAGGCAUACUAUGACUAAGAGUUAGAACACCAGGGCUACAGACUUAAGGGCCACUAGAUACUGUGCAAACUGAGCCCCACUGCAAGUCUCUAUUUGAAGCCAUUGGCUUGUUCCUAGAACAGCUACUUAGCCAAAAGGACUAUUCAGCCCAUGAGCAGUUUGUUCUCACCACAGAAGUAAGUCUUCAGUUCCAGGAAGUUGAGAUUUUGUUUCUUCUUUCUUAGGUGACUCCCCUAUAUCCAGGGUUGGUAAUCUCAGCUCUCAGGAGGCAGAGGCAGGUCACUCUCUGAGUUCAAAGCCAGCCUAGUCUACAGAGUAAGUCCCAGGACUACAGAGAGAACCUGUGUCCAGCACGCUCACAGGGCAGCUCACAAUUUUCUGUCAAUCAGGGGAUUUGAUUCCCUCUUCUGGCCUCCACAGGCACCUGUAUAUACACGGGAUACAGCCACACAGAUAUAUACACAUAUACAUAAAUAAAAUGAUCUUUUUUUUCUUGUUUUGCUUUUCAAGACAGGGUCUCUUUGUAUAUAGUUCUGGCUAUUCUAGAACUCACAAUGUAGACCAGGCUACCUUCAAAUUUUAGAGCGCUAUCUGCCUCUGCCUCCCAAGUGCUGUGGAUUAAUGGCUUGUGCCAAUCAUUGCCAGGCUAAAACUGAAUCUUCAAAAAAUAUAUAAAAAGAGAAAG